CUUGGAGGUCUUCUAGUCUAACCCCCUGCUCAAGCAGAAGACUCUAUACCAUUUCAGAAAGAUAACCAGAGGAUUACAAAAGUUUAAUGAUGAAUUCCAGCCUGGGAGAUCUGCAUGCUACAGAGAAUUAUUAUGGAUAUAAUGAUUCCAAAAUUUCCACACUAAAGGAAGAGAUUAUUGAAGCAUUACAAAAGCAUCUCUUGGUGAAUUUCAGCCUGGCAAACAUGAAUGGUACAGCAGAUCAUUUGAACUAUAAUUAUGGAGGAAUUUUCAUUGAAGAAAAAAUCAUUUUCUCUGUUGUAUUGAUCAUCUGCAGUAUUGGAGCCCCAUUAAAUGGAAUUGUUAUCUGGCUGCUUGGCUUCCAAAUUAAGAGAAACCCUUUCACAGUAUUGAUUCUUAAUUUAGCUAUUGCCGACUUUGGGUUUCUCAUCUUUAUGACUAUAUCUUGUAUUAACAUUUUUAUAGGUUUUAUACAGCGAGGAAUUCCCCAGAAAAUCUUCUAUUCUCUCUUCAAUGUUACAUAUAUCAACGGUCUGUUUCUUCUGACAGCCAUCAGCAUUGACCGGUGCGUGGCUGUACUUUUUCCAAUCUGGCAUCGCUGUUCUCGGCCAAAAUAUUUGUCCCCUGCUGUCUGCACCUUCCUCUGGAUCUUAUCUUUCCUCCUGGCUGGAAUUAGCAGCAAUCUGAAUAUUGUAAUUCUUUCUUAUACCAUCAAGGAUUUCCACUUGGUCAUGACUGCUGUGCUUUGCCUUCUGUUGAUCACAAUCUCUACUGUGAUCCUGUUCAUCAAAAUAUGUCUUAAAUCAAAACAGCUCAAACAUGGAAGAAUCUUAGUGAUGACUUUUAUUACUGUUCUCUGUUUUCUUAUUCUUACACUCCCAUUUUAUAUCUAUGUGUUCCUUAUUUAUUUUAUUCCGCAGUUGUAUUUCAUUGGUAGUAUUCAAUUAGAGCUCUACUUCAGUCUUUUUGCUCCUCUAAACUGCAGCGUUAACCCAGUGAUCUAUUUUCUGGUUGGGAGAAAGAAAAGCGCUCGCUCUAGGGAGAGCAUCAAGGUCAUUUUUCAAAGAGUUUUCAGGGAAGAUGAAGCUCCUUAAAGUUUAUAAACACAAUUUCAAACCUUCUGUAAAUGCAAAACUUCUGCUGUUCUUUAAUGCUGGUUAUCUCUUAUGAGUGCAUAGCUGUAUUUCUUGUUAUAGAAAUGAAAUAUAAUAAAGGAUUCUUUCCUCUCCAGGGAAAGUGGCCUCUGUUCCACCUUUAAACCAUAAUUAACAAGUUAAAAUUCAUAUAUGGCUGGAAAAGAUGAUUAAAAUACAUAUAGAAUUUAAGCCAGAAUUGUUAUUAUUAUUUUUGUUGACUACAGUUCCUGAAUAUUAUAUUAGCCUGCUUGAAUACCUAUAUCCGGAAGAUAGUUUGCUUGCUAAAACGUGAAAUGUUAUUAGGGGUAACCCCUUUGUUGUAUCCAUCCCUACCCCAAACUCUUCCCUGAACCCUAUCCUGAUUCCCACCACCCAUAACGAUCCUUGUC